AUGGGGAGUCGUUACCACCUGCUGACUUGGCACCUUUUCAGCCUCAUCCUGGUCAGUGGCCAGAUGCAGAUUCCACUGGACCAGGAGGAAACGCAUGAGCGGAUCAACCAGGAUAUAUCCAGCCUUUUCCGUGUCAUCAAUAUACUUAACAAUUUUCAUCACUUCCAAUGUUUCAUCACCUAUACGGGAACCUUCGAUCUGAGACCCUCAUUUGAGCAGCGACUGAUGGAGCACUUCCCGGUUCCUAUAUAUUCAGUCGGAUCGAAGCAAGGACCUCUAAAUCGUCGAUAUCCUGUAGCUGCAAAUAUGGUUAUCACCUUAUUCAGUGGCAUUGAUGACCCAACUCUGUUUGCCCUCAACGACACGGACCUCUCCUCCGAUGGCAGUACCUUCUUCAGCUUUCUGUAUGUUCCAGUUCGUAAUGUCAGUUGGGACAAGGACAAGAUGUUUGAGUUCUUCUCCUGGUGCUGGGAUCGAAAGAUUAUUCGCCCGCUGCUCUUCUUUCGAAGCGGAUCCAAAUUUGAGACUUGGUCUUACUUUCCAUUAAAAAAUAUAACCAUGAUAAGGAUCGAUGGAGCAAGCCGUUUUAGAAGCAUUAUGCGAUCAAGUGGCUUUAGAUUUCAUGUACAAGUUUCCAUGGAUGUACCGACUAUUUUUUGGUACAAUUCAUCGGUGCAAGCGGAUGUGAUAGGCGGUGGAAACAUCAGUCUCUCCGGACCUAUUGGCACCCUUAUAGUGGAGUUUAUGCGCUACAUCAACGCUAGCAUGGACAUCCUUCCAGUCAGCAAAUCGCAGAGCGACAUCUUUGCAGUGUCCAGCGAUCGGAGGGUCGACAUGGUUGCCAAUCUGGUGGCCAACGAUAGCUACCUCUUCAGUCCCACGGUGACGUACUCACGGAUUUGCCUGGUGCGGCCGCUUCGCCGGAUGGUGCCCUUCAACAGAUAUUACGACAAGUCAGUAAGACCAACCUAUCACUUUAUCGCGUUAAUAGUGGCCGUGUCCGUUUUCGGAGUCAAGUACAUGGCCCAUCGUCGUCGGUCCGUUGUGGAAACGCUCUUUAGCAGCGUUCGUUUCGCGAUGGGGAUUCCACUGCCAGGUGGUCAGUUGAAUCGAUUGCCUCUGGCGGACAAAAUAUUGGAGGUGUACUCCUUCCUGUUUGUGGGAAUAGCUAUCGGUGCCUGUGUAUCUACACUAAGUACGGCCUUGACCACGGGCGUAUAUUAUCCACCCAUCAGAGAUGUGGAAUCGAUGCGAGCCAGUGGCCUCCGGAUUUUGACAGCGGAUCCCACCAUAAAGCAGGCCUUCGUCAAUAAUCAAAUGCCCAGCUCUUUGGCGGACCUGGUGGACCUAAUGGAUGAGCACACAGUUUCUCAGAACUUUAUCGAUCUCAAUGACAACUAUGUCUAUGUGGUGGCAACUCCCAAUUGGGAGGGAUAUCAAUUGUACCAGCAGCGUUUGUUUAAUAAGCGAUUCGGACUUUCCGGCCCCGAGCUGUGCUCCAAUAGCUGGCCCAUGCGAUUGCCCAUCUCACAGUACUCUCCUUUGAGGUUCAUCUUUACGGAUUACUUCCAUUGGAUUUUUGAGUCGGGCCUCCAGCAGAAAUGGGUGCAGAUGGGUUUCCAAAAGUACCUAGAACUUAAGGGCAACCUUAAAUUGCCCCUGGACGAGGCCACCAACUGGAAGCCGCUGAGCCUGGAUUUCUUCACAGUGUUCAUAAAGGUGUAUUUAGCCGGUAUUUUACUGAGUACAGUGGUAUUUAUCCUGGAACUACUCUACAACAGAUACGCCAAUUGA